AUGACGAAAUUCAGGCGAUUCCUCAAAGUACGUGAUGCUUCCAAUUCUUUACAAGUUGAAAUGAAGUUUCAGUUGUUUGCUUUUAGUGUUCAGUCCGCUUAUUUCAACUUUUUCGUUACGCGCCAGAUGUUAUUCAAAAGGAUCGCAACCCUUCCAAUUGUAAACCAACUACGUAAUGUCCAAACAUCGACAAAACGCUUAGCAGAAUUAAAGCUGACAUUUGCUUCAUCUGGUCAGGCAUUUUAUAACAAUGUAGUCGUAAAACAAGUUGAUGUACCAACUUUAACUGGUCGAUUUGGUGUUUUACCAGAACACGUCCCUACAGUUGGUUGUCUUAAACCGGGUGUUGUUGCAGUAUACGAGAACGAUGGGAAUAUUAAGAAAUAUUUUGUCAGUAGUGGUAUUGUAACCGUUAACAAUGAUUCAUCUAUUCAAGUUCUUGCUGAAGAAGCCGCCGCUCUUGACCAACUGGAUAUUCAAGCUGCUAAAGAAGGAAUGUCAAAAGCACAAUCUGAAUUAUCCAGUGCUACUACAGAACUUGAUAAAGCGGAAGCUCAGAUUGCUGUUGAAGCCUAUGAAGAAUUGUCACGUGCUUUGGAGGAUCGAAGUUGA